GCAGACAGACAACUUCAGGGUGUGUGUGCGCGACUCAGAGACCAUAACCAAACUUUUUGUCAAGCUCUUUUUUAUCUUGGAGCUUUUUACUUUAAAUAGUGUAGAAAUUACAGCUGUUCUCUGACUUCCGGACUAACACUCACCUUGCAGCAUGUGUACGGGAAAAUGUGCGCUUUGCGUCGGGACAAGUCUGUACCCACUGGCGGUCAUCUCCAUAAUAUGUAAUAUUAUGCUGUUUUUUCCUGGCUGGGAUGUAAAGUAUGCACAGAAUCAACAAAUUACUGAGGAGGUCAAAUACAUGGGAGGACUAGUUGGAGGGGGGAUUCUGGUGCUGAUUCCAGCAUUGCACAUUCACCUGACUGGAAAGCAGGGUUGCUGUGCUAAUCGCUGUGGGAUGUUCCUGUCCAUUUUAUUUGCAGCAGUGGGUGUAGCUGGUGCCCUUUACAGUUUCAUAGUGGCACUGAUGGGUCUAAUCAACGGGCCAUACUGUAAACAUUUCCUUAUUAUUUGGGGAACUCCCUUCAAAGACGGAAAAGAGAGUUACCUUAAGGACCGUAGCAAGUGGGGAACCUGCACUGAGCCAAAGAAUGUGGUGGAGUUUAAUGUGGGUCUGUUCUCAACACUGCUGAUGACCAGCGCUCUGCAGCUCAUUCUCUGUGCCAUACAGAUGAUCAACGGCCUCUUCGGCUGCCUCUGUGGAACCUGCAAAGAGAAAGGGCCGCUGUAAUCCCUGACUGCUCCAGGUGCCCGAGAAAUCAUAUCCUCAUAACUCGCAUCUCAUAUAACCAGCUGCCUCUUGUGGAAGAUGCUAUCCGAACAUUUUAAUGAGUUUGUUUGCGUACACUUCUUCAAAGCUUGUUUUCACCUAUUAAUGUUUUGGCUUAAUACUGUUUUUCUAGUAAAAGCUCAUGUACAAUGACUUCCAGUGAGAAUAUUUGAAAGGAAAAUGGCUUUAAUUAAUGGCAUAACACUUUUUUUUGUAUCUAUCUGUAUU